UGUUAUGUCAUUCAUUUUUGUUGAAUCAGAAAAAGAGUUAACUUUGCUGUAAACGGUGGACGGAAUUACGAACCUUUUCUGAACCGCAAUCCAAGAACAUGUCAUCCGGUGGUUCUGAAAAGCAACAGCACGGUUUCAAAAUCGACGAACCUGGCCGGCAGCUGAAAAAGUCCGAAAUUGACUUCAUGCGAUUGAUCGAGCAGCAGAAUCUGCAACGAGUUCAGAAAUUGCAACGCCAGCGAAGAAAUAAUAAGCUGACGGGAUUUGCCCUAGGGGGCACGGUCUUGGCCAUCUACCUGUACUCGAUGUUCUCGGUUAAACAGGAGCGAUUCCUUGAUGACUUUGAAGAGCCUUUGAAAGUGGAAAAAGUUCCAGAAAAACAAUAA